GAAAUAGUGACAAUUAAAUUGAGAAUCACCAAGAAAAAAUAAAACUUUUCAAAAGUGCUGUUAAAAGUUUUUCUAGUUACAUUAUUUUUGUUUUGCUCCCAGGAGACAAAAACUCAGCCAGAAGAGAAGUGGAUAUACCCAUACCCAUAAAAAAGCAAACAAAGCAGAAGUUUGUAUUUGUACGUCAAAUCACAAAUUAAUAACAGAGCCAUGAUUCGCUCACAAACAAAAUGUGUUCAUUGUACAAUGUAAGGGUGAAGCUGAUCACUUCAUUUUUGUCGUUACAUUCUUCAAGCAUGUUUUCCGUUUCUUUAGCAGGAGCUGUCGCCUUUGUGGCAUUGUUUUCUGUCACAGUCAAGCCACACUGUGGAAUUCAUAGAAAGAUAGAUCAACUUUAUUGUCUGCCUGUGUAACCCAAAGGAGGAGAUUUGGCAGAAGGAGAUUACAGCAACACAGAUAAAAACACGGGAGGAAAAAACCCCACUAGAACAGAAGAUAAUCACUACACCGAUAGAAAGCACGAGUGUGGAAAGACAUAUAAAAUGGCAAGUACUAGAAACAGGCUGCUUUGAUAUGUCUUGGUUACAGAUUCAGCUGAUUUAUUGCAAGUAUUUUUUAAUGCAGGCAAACCUUCUACCUCAAACCUGAAGGCGAGAGCUCAGUUAGACUAAAUGUUCUUUAAAAUUAAUUCUCCAAGCCCAUUUCAAGGAGGAAUAUUUGCUUCUUGUAGUUAAUCUGUGGUUUGAUUUGAUGCCUGAAAUCCUGUUUGAUGAUGACUCAGUAUUAUGGUGUUCGUUUUUAUGACAGUUUUGUCAUUUUAGAUUGCAGCCCAGAAAUGACAGUGUAAAUAUCUUACACAUAAAUUAUUCAAAAUUACAAACAAUGCUUCAUGUUGCAGCACAUAACCAGCUUUCUUCUACGUUUUAAACACUUGCCUCAAUGCUAGUGUACCAACACCUGCUGCAAAUGCAAAGGUCAUUACCGCAGCUGGAAGCACUGAUGCAUGCAUAAUCUUGCAACAAACAAACAAACAAACAAACAAACAACAACAAAAAAUAGCAAAACUUUUAUUCUGCAUUUGGCUCUUUUGCAGUUGUGACAGUCGGUAUGACGCUUGUUAAUAAAACAUUUGUCAAUGAAGAUUUCGGGCGCACGGUGACUGGCUGCGAUGACGCACAGGGAGUGAUGCUGAGGUGAUGUGAGGAUGGCUGGGUGGUGGUGGUGGUGGGGAGCAGCACGGGGGCAGGCGGACAAAGGGAGAGCAGUGAGGAGAGUGAGGGAGUGAGUGAGUUAGAACUCAUCAUCAUGUGAAGAGACUUGGAAGCACCUGGAGCUCAGCCGAGGCGUUUCUCUCCGCAGAUGGGAGUGAAGUGACUGAGGGCUCUCCACCGUGAGCGCACCACUUGGCUCCUUCCUCGCUGCCUCCCAGAGCGACUCAGCAGCCACAACCGCGUCCAAAUGAUCCUCAGCCAACACCGUCGGGAUGUGAAAAUCAAACUCAAAGUUAGAGGCACUGGAUGUUGUCACUGCCUGCUGUUACUGCAGCUGAAUAUCCACCUCUGUUCAACAGGAUCGCCUGGAUGUUGACUACUGCUCACGUACCAAAUCGUCCAGACAAGGCUUGAAUUUUGAACUCAAGCUGCACAUUAGGAUUCAGAGAACAUGCAAAGUCUUCCUUGAUUGUGCCCGCCCAUCUGUCUAACCUCUCUCUAAUGCAUUUCAAACACUAUUCUGUACCAACUGCAUAAUAACAGUGAUAAUAUCUGUAGCAUUUUCAAGAUGGAUUACCUGAUUUCAGCACAGCAGAUUUCAUCUGCAUACAUUAUAUUUCUCUCUCAGUGUUUCUGCAUGCAUCUUGUCGUUUUAUUUUCCUUGAUGCAUUGUCAGUGUAGUGGCUCAUUUGCUCGAGGCGUCAUCAUUCAAAUUAUGUUUUGACAAGACAGACUUAAUGUGAUCAUUACUCUAAUGGCUUUUAUGAGAAUGCCCUGAUGCCCCUUUUCUGCAGUAAGCUUAAAUAGGUCUGUGUUUCAGUAUCCCUUUGCUGCUCAGGACAGUGUUAGAUAUCAUUGUAGUAUUGGAACUGAUGGUUCCUGUGCUGGACAACAUGACCCCACCUCCUCUGACACAGAACUGUUCCAACUGCAGCCAAGCGUUAGUCCCAGAGCUCAAUGUGGUCAAAGCUGUGGUUCUGGGCCUGGUGCUUGGUAUCUUCAUCGUGUUUGGAAUUGUGGGAAACAUCCUGGUAAUCCUCUCAGUUGUUUGUCAUCGGCACCUGCGGACAGUCACGCAUUACUUUAUAGUGAAUCUGGCAGUGGCAGAUUUGAUGAUUAGCUCCACUGUACUACCCUUCUCUGCCAUUUUUGAGAUCCUGGAUCGUUGGGUGUUUGGACGGGUCUUUUGUAAUGUUUGGGCAGCUGUGGACGUGCUCUGCUGCACGGCCUCCAUCAUGAGCCUCUGUGUGAUAUCUGUGGACCGCUACAUUGGAGUCAGCUAUCCUCUGCGUUACCCAGCUAUAAUGACAAAACGCAGAGCCCUGUUGGCAGUGAUGCUGCUGUGGGUGCUGUCUAUCAUCAUAUCUAUCGGACCUUUGUUUGGAUGGAAAGAACCGGCACCAGAGGACGAGUCCAUCUGCAAGAUCACAGAGGAGCCAGGCUAUGCCAUCUUCUCUGCAGUAGGCUCUUUCUAUCUCCCUCUGGCCAUCAUACUGGUCAUGUACUGUCGGGUAUAUGUGGUAGCUCACAGAGAGAGUCGAGGCCUGAAAGAGGGCCACAAGACGGAGAAGUCAGACUCAGAGCAGGUGAUACUCAGGAUGCACCGAGGCAACACGACUGUAUCAGAGGAUGAAGCCCUUCGCACCCGAACACAUUUCGCCCUGCGACUGCUCAAGUUCUCCCGAGAGAAGAAGGCGGCCAAGACCUUGGGCAUCGUUGUUGGCUGCUUUGUGUUGUGCUGGCUGCCCUUUUUCCUGGUGCUACCUAUUGGUUCCAUUUUCCCUGCGUACAGACCUUCAGACACCGUGUUCAAGAUCUCCUUCUGGCUCGGUUAUUUCAACAGCUGCAUCAACCCCAUCAUCUACCCAUGCUCCAACCAGGAGUUCAAGAAAGCUUUCCAGAGUUUACUUGGAGUUCACUGUUUGAGAAUGACUCCCAGACCACACCAUCAUCAUCUGGGUGCAGGUCAGAGUCAACCGCAGGGUCACAGCCACGGCCUCACUCUGAGCCUGGACAGCAGGGGGGCCCCCAGCCGACUCAGCCCCUCCUCAUCUAUGGCCCUGUCUAGAACUCCUUCCUCCAGGGACAGCAGGGAAUGGAGGGUCUUCUCUGAAGGUCGCACUAGCGGAUCUGGACCAGUCGAAACAAGCAGAACUAAAGUGGCCAAAUUCUGCAACAAAAGCUUCCACCGGACCUGCUGCUGCAUCCUCAGCGCUGGGACUCCCCCACAGGAGUCCAGCUGUGACCAGCCCCCUCCUAGUGGAAACCUUCCCACAAUUAAAAUCCACCAACUGUCCCUGUCGGAAAAAGGAGAGCCUGUAUAACCACAGUAAUCCUUCAUGCAUUUGUUAUGACUCCCCUUCCAAGGCCACAUGAGAAUAUAUUUCCUUUUGCUCUGUAAACAACACAAAGAAUGAGUGGUGAUGAAACUGUGUCUGCUUUGAAAUUUAAAUUUUAAAUAUCUCAGCUUUGAUAUCUUUACUUUUCUUGGAUAUAAGAUUGUCAAAAUCAUAAACACUGUAUUUUACCCUUUAAGAUGCUUUCUAAACACUGCAGAGUGCAGCUUUGAGGAGAUAGAAAAGGGGCAAGGCUCAGAUUUGGUAAAAGUGCAGAGAUAGGAUCGGGAAGCAAUUCCCUAAAGUGGACCAAGGUUUCUAAAUGUUUACAUAUUUUAUAUCACAGAAGAGCAGCUUAAAUGUGCUUUACGAGUAUGAAUAUAAAGGUUUUACAGAUUGCAUGAUAUCAACAGUCAUUUGAAAAAUGCCGGUGCUCCUGUUGUUUCUAAAGUUUGCCUACUGCUGUUCCUGUAGUGAAACUGUUGCUUGUGUACUGCUCUGUACACAGUAAAAAAAAAAAAAAACCAAGGGACCUCGCGUAUUUCUGUGUCACAUACAAUAAAUUUGUAUGACAUAUUCCUAACAAGGGAUUCAUUUUGGA